AUGACCCGCGGCCAACACCGCCGCCGUGAGCUUCCUCCACCCAUCGACUGUGGCACUACCGCUCAAAUACUCAGACGUACCGCCACCAUAUUCUACUCUCACCUCUUAACCUUCCUGCUACUCUCCUUCCUCCUCUUCCACUUCCGCCAAAGUGUCGAGGAAGAUUAUGACGCACUAAUGACAGAAAAUGCCCCUUCGAUCAAAGCCCUCCUGUCCCGCACCCACACCAGCCAACACCACCGAGUCCACACCCUGGACCAUGACUUCUUCGCCAACGACCCAUAUCUCAGCAUGUACUUUGAAACAUCCGUUCGUCUAUCCCGGAAUUCCAGCUUCUCUGACCUGCAAUUCAUCCUCCCGGAAAACCUCAUUUACAAGACAUCUAUAGAGGAAGAGAAAAUAAAUAAAACUGUGGAAAGAAGUUUGGACGAUCACCAUACUGUGAUUGAUUUGGGAUUCUUGAUAAGGGAAUUCAAAUUGAGUCGGCAUGAUGUCAAUUUGUUGAAAGCUUUUCUUUUCAAUGCAUGCUAUCUUUAUACAUUAGCGCUGGUUAUAGUUGUAGUUAUCUUUUCUUGGUUACGCAGGGCUGUUCUCCAUCAAGUGGCGAAUCAUUUGCUAGGGAAAAACAGGUCAUGCAUUCACAUUCUUUUCAAUGGUGUAGUAAAGAGUGGGAUAAGAAAUAUUUUGCCUCUUAUUUACAUGAAAUGGAUAGUGAUGGCUGUGCUGGCACUGGUCAUAGAGUUUUUAUCAAGCUGGUACAAAAUUCAGAAUUUGUAUAUGGUUCUAGUGGUUUUCUUGAGGGCGAUGUAUGAUCCGUUGAUCAAUCUGGCACUAUGGGUUCAAAGUCCAGAACGGGAGACCAUAGUGUUUAUAGUGUUCUGGUUCUUAAUUGAUUUGAUAGUGGGAUUUAUAUUUUCUGUGGGUUCUUGGGUUGUAUUUGUAGAUGGGACGACAAAUAUUGUAGAGAUUGAGGAAGAAAUGGACAAUAUGUUUUUGAGGUUGCAACGCCCUGCUCGGGAUAUAAGGAUUUUGGAAGCUAUAAUUUGCGGGUCGCUAGGUAGGUUGGUGUUGUGGUGGAUUAUGGGGGGAUAUUACUCAUUGGGCUUUCAGUGCGUGAUGGAGGUUUAUUUCAUGGUGGCUUGGCUGGUUUACUACUGUUCAGCAAGGGCUAGGCUUGGGAGGACAGUGGGAAGGAAACAGUUGAAAGCCAUUCUUGCAAAUUGA